AUGGUACCAUUUACUGGACGCUGCACAUUGUCUCAGUAUGUUCCUAACAAACCGCGCCCUUUGGGAAUUAAAAACUUUGUUUUGGCAACAACGAAAGGUUUAGUACUUGAUUUUGAAUUUUAUCACGGUAAAUCAACUCCUCUGUCAAAUGUUGGCCUUGGUCUUGGGCCAUCUGUAAUACUUCGCCUUGCUCAAACAUUACCUCAAGGUGCAAGACUAUAUUUUGACAGAUAUUUUACAGCUUUGCCACUAUUGCAACAGUUACUUGACCUAGGGCUGGAAGGAACAGGAGCCAUAAUGAAAAACAGAGUGAAACCAGUUCACCUGACAGAAGAAAAAAGACUGAAGAGAGGAGAUAUGGAAGAAUUCUGCAGGGACGAUGAUAAAAUAGUCACUGUCCAGUGGAAAGAUUCAAAAGCUGUGACCCUUGCCUCUACUUGUACAGGAUGUGAACCUAUAAGCAAUGUUGAUAGAUGGAGUAACCCAGAAAAGAAGUACAUCUUAGUGCCAUGUUCUGCAGUCGUGGUGGAGUACAACCUGUGUAUGGGAGGAGUGGGCCUGUGCGAUCAAAUGAUGGAGACCUAUAAAGCUAUCUUGAAGACAAAAAAGUGGACUUUAAAAGUUUUGAUUCAUUUACUUGAUUUGGCUUGCGUCAAUUCCUGGUUACAAUACAAAGUUGAAUGCGAAGACAAUAAAGUACAAAAGAAAAACACUUUAGAUCUUCUUGGAUCCCGACAAGUGAUUGGGGAGCGCUAA